AUGGAAGCUGCUAGCCCAACCACUAUCGAGGAAACCUAUCGUUUAACUGCCCGUUUGAACGGUAACCAUGUCAUGCGUAAAAAUACCUCGAAAACCCCAUUGAAAACCGCCCAUCAAGCCACCAUUGAACCCACUGACGAACCAUCUAAGAAAACCCGAGGUAAGAAGCGGAAGGCUUCAAGCCAAAAUUGCGCGGUUGUCACUCCGCUGAACCCACAACCCCUACAAGCCAUGCCUGCUAUUGCCAACGAUGAAACUCCACGCAGGGGUUAUACUGGAACGCAACCUAAGUGUGGUCAAUGUCAGUACCAUCACCCUCCAAACGUUCAGUGUCGAAAGUGCGCCAAGUGUGGCCGAUAUGGGCAUACUUCUCAAUACUGUCGCGUCUCGCCUCAGGCUUAUCAAAAUCAAGCCCUAUUAGCUCCAAAUCAAGUCGCUCCUGUGCGAGCAUGUUUCACGUGUGGUGAUACCAACCAUAUGGCCAACGUCUGCCCUCAACGACACCAGCCGCAACAGCAGCAACCACAGCCUCAGCAAUAG